CAGUACAUUCGGGCAUCUUAUGACACGGAUCCGGAGAAGGUUUUGCGCCUGAUAUUUACGGAAUGGAAGCUGGACUUACCCAAGCUACUCAUCUCUGUGACCGGCGGCGCCAAGAAUUUUGUUCUUAAUCCCAAACUGAAACAAGUCUUGAGGAAAGGUCUGCUUAAGGUACAGUUUAUGUAAAUUGUUGGCGAAAAGGGCUCUCCAUCCUACAAAGACAAGAGGAAUUUCUUGAUUCGGGAAAUGAUUGAUUUACUGUAAACGGCGCGAAGAGGCCGAUACACGUUAACGACCUCGCUCAAAUUAAGCCUAUGACAAUGUCUUUUUGUCCAGAGUCGAUUCUAGAAAACGUGGACUUUCUCCCAAAUUGAAAAAGACUAUAUAGAAAACGCAGAAAUUUAGUUCCUUCAAGAUCUUCAUCUUUUGGCUAAUAACCAUGGUUCUAAGGAAAUUAAGGAUUAUUAUAUUCGCCUUGACAGGCCGCUCAAACUACAGGAGCCUGGAUCAUAACCGGUGGCACGAAUACAGGUGUCAUGCGCAAUUGGCGAGGCGGUGCGCGGUCACACAGUCAUGUCACGUGGACAACACUCAGCAGGUUCAUUUAAUUGGUAUAGCGACCUGGGGAAUAGUGGACCACAGAGAGCACGUUAUUGGCAAGCAGGUAAAUUCAAGUAAAGAAAAGAAAAGUUAAGCAAGGAUGGGAAAAGAAAACUAAUCCACGCAUGACAAGUCAACCAGUAGACGAUCCAGAAUUUAGCCAAUUCUUUCUCUUAUAAAUGCAAGCCUAAUCUUUCGUCGGUUAUUUUAUUUGACGAACUUCAGGUUAAAAUUAGCCACGCGGAAACGCCUUCUAGAAAGGAAAAAGCAGGACUAAAAUUUGUCAAGCUCUAACCUUGCUUAUUCUACAGUGUUCCAAAAUGUGUCCUUACUCAAAAGCACGUCUUCAGCGAUCAUUCCUUGGGUUCUUGAAGUAACGAAGUAGAUGAUCACUUCUAAGCCAAGUUCACCUUUUGCAAUCAUUGUUAACAGAUGUAUUUUGGUGACUUUGCUGAAAAAAAGUUGUGUUCUUUAAGUCGGGUUUAUCGCUAAAAACUCGGUAACAAAAUGUAACGUUAUUCUAAUGUCUUGCUACGAAGCCAAAGUCAUAAAAGGUGGGCUGUGAAUAGCAAAGUUUGAUUGGUUACCGCUAGUCUUAAUUGUGUGAAGAAAUCACGGGAGACUGAUCAGCUUGGGUUGGUUUGCUGAGCUUAACCAAUGUUACCCUGGCUCCAGAAAUCCGUUCUCAGGCUAAAUAUCUGGUCGUCGUACAAAACGGGUAAGGAAUGCCCGGUAUUAUUAUUAAUCAGUAGGUUUGUACUGUCGCAAUUUGUAAUAAUCAUCGCACUUUGUAAUACCUGUCGCGAUUUGUAAUAAAUCCAUCGCACUUUGUAAUACCUGUCGCAAUUUGUAAUAAACCGUGUCUCACUUUGUAAUAAAAAAUCUGUCGCAAUUUGUAACAACUGUCCAUCGCACUUUGUAAUAAACUAAGCUGUCGCAAUUUGUAAUAAUUCCAUCGCACUUUGUAAUAACUUUUUGAGAGUAAUUAAACUUACUUCGUCAACAUUAAUAUAACGCCAAAAUAUGCAUGGUACUUCAUAAACAAAGAUGGAGAUGACGUCUGCUAGCACGUAACAUCUUUUUAGACUAAUGUUGAUUAGUUAUCUGACUUACGAAAUGCUGUAUUCUUGAACCUUUCUAUUGUACUGGGUGGCUUGCAUUCAAUGGUUACCCGGCGGGUGUACUUCCUUAUAUGGCCAAUACGGGGAUUUGUCUCUGGACAGAGCAUUGCCAGAGUAGAGGAUCUAGACAGAGCUAGACACACUAGACACAAACAAGCCAUUAUUAAAAAGCAUUUAAUUUCCGCUAAUCGUAACAUCCAUCCUACAUCAUUCGAAUAAGGACACAAGGAGAGUUCAAGUUUUCCUUGUUAGAUCUUAUAACAGGUUGACGCAUCACGUGGUACACCGUUCUUGUCUAACGAGCAAUCUUAAAGAAUUAAUAGUGGCUUCCAUAUUUUGGCCAACUAAAUCAAACGAGGCCUGUAAAGAUUCAAAAUGUUUACUGCAAAUAAAAAAAAAGUCACCAGUGGCAAACCUUCGAACCACAACAGAAACCUAAACACAAAAUCCAAUUAGUCGCUGGCCAAUACCUUCGUAUGUACCUGUUUUUAUAACACUCACUUGGGGUCUUACACUGAGCCGGCUGGGCAUUUGGUCCAUUAUUCUCACUUGAUUUGGUCCCAUAUAGGAACAAAAGGAGUACUCAUUCCAUCUUAAAACAAUUGUUUUCUGUAAGGAGUCCUCUAAAGCAAAUUAAAUACCAUGGGGAUGGUAAAAAAUUAUCCUUCCCUGCGUAUAUACAACUCGUAAGACCUUGCAAUUCUUCCGAGCGUGUUCUGGAUUACUGUUUUUCUACGAAAUGGAAAGGAUGGAAUAAACCAUCCAUUACUACUUGAGUUACCCUAUCUAAGGAUCAAACCAAAGACACAAGGCCAACAACGCGAAAAAUGAUACCCUAUUAAAGGCUCGAGAUCCUCAAAAACCAUACCCUAUCAGGCGGUACUUACCUAUCUAGCCCAUCCAUAUAUGGGAUUAUCCGCCCCACCCCCGCCGAAGACUUCACUUGUCACGUGGCAAGCAAACAUGGAUUUGGACGACGAAUGCCAGGUUAUUCAUGAAUUUUCUGUUGUUAAAUGUUGCCUUUCUUAUUUAAAUAUUUUUGAAUUUAAACGUGAUUCAUAUCUUUUUGGUGAUAUGUCACAGGAAGUUUCAUGUUUUUCAUAAAAGCGUUUCUAGUUAGUCACGUGAUUAAUCAAGGCAGAAAAACCUAUAGCGGAAGAAAUGAAUGUUUGACCAAAGAAAAUGUUACGGACAUGUUACAUGCUAGCAGACGUCAUCAUCUUUGUUUAUGAAAUACCAUGCAUAUUUUGGCAUUAUAUUAAUGUUGACGAAUUAAGUUGAAUCACUCUCAAAAAAUUAUUACAAAGUGCGAUGGAAUUAUUACAAAUUGCGACAGCUUAGUUUAUUACAAAGUGCGAUGGACUGUUAUUACAAAUUGCGACAGCUUUUUUAUUACAAAGUGCGACACGGUUUAUUACAAAUUGCGACAGGUAUUACAAAGUGCGAUGGAUUUAUUACAGAUUGCGACAGGUUUUACAAAGUGCGAUGAUUAUUACAAAUUGCGACAGUACAAGGUUUGUCCGGUCGAAUCCUUGAAUAGCCGAUCAUGAUGUUGGAUCACGUGAUAUUUACGGAAAUUGUGCAGAAAUCAAAAUCUCAAAAAAGCAAAGUUUCACACUGACAUAAAUAUCGGGGUUUUUUUCUUUUGGCUCUCCGUUUUUCCUUCUUGGUGUCAACAUUUCUCCGUUGUUUUCUUUGACACGUUUCCGUUUGUCAAGUUGUUUUGUGGUAUUGCUGUUGUGUUGUAACCUAUUUUUCGACCGUCCGUUUUUCGCUUGAGUAGUUCAUUGUUUUCUUCUAAUCGCUAGCUUCUGUACAGUCAUCAUGAGUCAUACGCUGCUUUUCCUAUGCCAAUUCUUCGUACCGUGGGCAUUAUUAGCGUUGUCUCCUGAACCCGUUUUCAGUUAGAGUCCAGUUGCUUCGCAUGGUUAGCCACAGUCUCCUUAUCACUCAUCUCACUCUGUAGGUUCUCGUUGCAGUAGUAGUCGUAUUCCGUUACUAGCGAUUUCCCGUAAGUAAAUACAUGUACUUUGUAGCUUCUCUACGUUCCAAGUCUUCAUUUAAAUGCCCUUGACUAAGGAAAAGUGCCGUCUUUCAAUCAAUCAGUGCUUUAUAAUUUUGUUCUUUAGUAGCUACUGACCUCCAAGCUAGCUACUUAGAGUGCAAGUAAAGCAGUUUUUAACUCCUGUAGUGCAUGGUUCAUGGUAGAUGUACGACUGCACGACUUAUGUCGACUGAACACUGACGAACUGCAGAUGAAUUAAUUCGUUCGGUGCGCUUGCUCACACAAGCUAAUGCGACCCUUCUAUUGAAAGAAUUAUCCAAAAUUCGUCUCUGAUGAUGUGCAUUGAGAUAAUCCUUAUGAUCGUUUUUCUUUUAGGAACUGGUACCAUAUCAGAUGACUUCCAGCAUGAUUUCAAAAGGCGCAUGCUUGGACAACAAUCAUACUCAUUUUAUUCUGGUGGAUGAUGGGACAAUUAACAAAUACGGAGGAGAGAUUUCAUUCCGAGCCAGUCUUGAG